AUUCACCUUAACAACUUCAAAUCAACAAAUCUAACUCACCAUAACACCCAUUCAACCACAAAAAAAUUUGAUACAACCUUCAUACCACCUUCACUCAAUUUCCAACUCACAAAUAACCGUCACAACACCGACAUCGCAUCUUCACAGCAACAACUCAGUAACGAACCGCAGAAGCAACAACACUCAGAUUGAGACGAAGAGCAAGGGAGAUCAAAGCAUACCCGGAGAUUACACUUUCGCCAGAUCGCUCAACAAUAGCGCAGCAACAAGCACCGAGGCGGACGCGCUACCUCUAUUCGACCAAUCGAUCUUGCAUACAUCACCGACGAGCCGUCUAUCUACCGUCAAGCUGAUUCCUCGACACAUUGAACUAGAAACAUGUAUCUGAAGAGUAUGGAAGAACUUCAACAAGACCAAGAGUUGCUAAGAGCAGAGGUUAGCCAGUUGAAAAUACAGAUGGAUCAGAUUAUGGAAACCCUGCAAGUCUUGUUGAAGAGAGAAUGCAACUUUCCUCCGAUUAUUACCAAGCAAGUGGAUACUCAUUUAGCCUUUUCCGUUGCUACUUCAAAUCAAGGGCAACCAUCUGUUAUGUCAUGUGAUUCAUAUUUUGGAGUAGAGAAGGAAACACCUGUUUGCUUUCCUCAAUCAGUGCUUCGUAGGACUCUGCAUCAACGUCCAUUGUCUGUUCCUUCUCAAGGUAACAAAAAGCAGAAACAAGAUCGGAAUCGUGAUAGGACUCACUUUGAUCCUAUUCCUAUGUCAUACACUGAACUGUAUCCUACUUUGGUCCGGAAAGGGUUAAUUACAACAAGAGCCAUGCCUCCUCCUCGAAACCCUCCCUCAAUAGGAUUUCGGCCUGAUCUUCAUUGUGAGUUUCAUCAGGGUGGUGCUGGCCAUGAUUUAGAACAUUGUUAUGCUUUGAAGACCUUGGUGCAAGAGUUGGUUAGAUCAAAGAUGCUAUCUUUCAGGGAUAUGGGUCCUAACGUUGUCACUAAUCCUUUGCCAGAUCAAAGUGGCUGAAGACAAGUCAAAGCCAGAUGGUCUCCUAAAGCCAAGUGUUUCAGACAGGAUAGCUCAUCCUUGUUGCUGAUUAAUCACUAGGCCUUUGUUUCUUUACUGUUUGCAUUUCCUUCAUUGUAUAUUUUGCUUUCAAUCUUUGUUUGUUCCUGAAUGUUAACUUUAAUGAAAUGAGC